GGCGCGUCCCGAAUCGCGCCGACUUUCCACGACCUCGUACAGAUGAAGUGUAUAGGAUGGCGCUGAGACCUGCUAGGGAUCGCUUGAAAGAAUACGCCUCCCCUGCUUUGCCAGCUGGGCUCAGAGCGCUGAACCUUCAGCGUCCGCGCUGGACGAAACGGCCCGCCAGACUCUCUGGACGCCCCGGACGUGUUUUUGGCCGAAGCCUCGCCCGAGACCACCAGCCAAAGCCUGGCGCUUCGGUUUAAUCCCCGGAGCUUUCUGCUAGACGCCGACCUGAGGCUGGUAGCUCCGCUUUGUCGACGGGUCACAGAGAACCCACUCCACCUAAUCUACCCUCCCAGAAGGUUCAUUUCCAGCUUUUGUCCGGACUCCCCUUUCUCCACGGAUUCCGAAAAUCGGAAAGGCCCGGCCACACCCGAGUCUUCAAAGUACCAGAAGUGGUUCCGCGGACGCGUGGGUUGCGCUUGACGCUCAUCCAGCCUUCGUUGCGUCGCGGUGGGGAAAAGCGCCGGUAGAUGCGUUGGGAGGUCAACCCCAUUCCUUUGCUUAGCAGUUUUCACCCAUUUGGAGGGCUGGAGACUCAGCUGACUAUAGGAGACUGUAAGAUACUUAAAGCCGAGCUGGAGGGGAGACGUAGGAAUCCCAGAUCUGUAUGUACAUGGGAAAUCCGAAGACGACAGCCUAUGGGCAGAAAUUCUAACAUGGCUUUAAGAUUACUUGUGGCCACCACAUCCAGGAGGCAAUUCAUGGUUACCACCGAUAGGUUGAUGCUGCUGGAACCAGCCACGUGGCAGAGCACCGGCUUCUAAAAUAAGAGGCACCUCCCACAAUAACUUCCUUCGUAAGGAGAUACUAUUGUAGGAGAUUAAAAUCUGAAGAAGCCUCUCGCUCUGUUCUCAUCCUCUGCAGAUCUUCUCCAUUCGCCUCUGCAGGAUGGACCGCUCUGCCAACUUCACCUGUUUCUCCACCACCACUUUGGCAGAGGCCAACUGGACCGAUCCUGGCCUCUUGCCCGGCCCGGCCGGCAUGGGUAAACCCUUGUCAAUCUUCAAAGUCCUCAUCUUGACUUUGCUGGCCAUGCUGGGGGUUGCCACCUUCCUUUGGAACCUGUUGGUCCUGGCCACCAUCCUGCGGGUACGUACUUUUCACAAGGUGCCCCAUAACCUGGUCGCCUCCAUGGCCAUCUCUGAUGUGAUGGUGGCCGGCUUGGUGAUGCCCCUCAGCCUGAUAUACGAACUGUCCGGCCGUCGCUGGCGGCUGGGCAGGCUGCUGUGCGAGAUCUGGAUCUCCUGUGACGUGCUUUGCUGCACGGCCAGCAUCUGGAACGUGACGGCCAUUGCACUAGAUCGUUACUGGUCCAUAACGCGGCACCUGGAAUACACACUGAAGACCCGUCGGCGUAUUUCCAAUCUUAUGAUUACUGUGACUUGGCUGCUCUCUGCUAUUAUCUCCUUGGCUCCACUACUCUUUGGCUGGGGAGAAACUUACACCGAGGACAAUGCUGAAUGCCAAGUCAGCCGGGAGCCUUCUUACACCGUCUUUUCAACCUGUGGAGCUUUUUAUCUGCCUCUCUGCGUCGUGCUGUUUGUCUACUGGAAGAUCUACAAAGCGGCCAGGUUUCGCAUUGGAUCCCGUAAGAUCAAUUCCAUCAGUCCAAUUACACCCGGAGUUCUAGAGUUCAGGGAGGAUUCCCAGCAUCCACAGAUGGUGUUCACCGCCAGGCAUGCCACGGUGACGUUCCACACGGAUGGAGACACUUGGAGGGAACAGAAAGAGAGGAGAGCUGCCCUCAUGGUGGGAAUUCUCAUUGGCGUCUUUGUCCUCUGCUGGAUCCCCUUCUUUGUCACUGAACUCAUCAGCUCCCUCUGCUACUGUGACAUCCCGCCAGCCUGCAAAAGUGUUUUCCUUUGGCUCGGAUAUUCCAAUUCAUUUUUCAACCCUCUGAUCUAUACAGCCUUCAACAAGAAUUACAACAAUGCCUUUAAGAACCUCUUCUCCAGACAACAAUAAACAUUGUCUGGGGAGAGGGCCCAUAGGUGAUUUUUUUCCCAAAAGGCAACUGGAGUUUCCUAGGUUUUUUUAAAAUUUCUUUUGAAAACAUUUCCCUUCUUGUCCAAGAAGCUUCUUCACUUCUAACUGAUUGGUGGGGAAUGGAGCAGAGGUGAAAUGCUCCCGGUUUGGAUCGGAUCGCCCGAUCUGGUAGCGAUGGCAGCAAAUGGUUCGGAGAACCGGUAGCAAAAAUCCCUGCUCCCCCACACACACCCCCAUGUCCAGCUGAGCUGUGCAAUCAUCAGAGGUGUUUUUUUUUUCUCUACUUUUAAAAGCAUUUUUUCUUCGGCCGAAAAAUGCUUUUAAAAGUAAAAAAAAAAAGCCUCUGAUGAUCGCACGGCUAAGCUGGGAUUGUCAGAACCCUUUAGAAGCAUUUUUUUUACAGCCUCUUUGGCCAAAAAGGUUGUAGAAAAAAUGCUUUUAAAAGUAAAAAAAAAAAGUUGGCCACGCCCACCCAGUCACAUUACACACACCCCACCAAGCCACGCCCACAGAACUGGUAGUAACAAAUUUUACAUUUCACCCCUGGAAUGGAGCGAUUUAUAUUCUUUACAAUCAUUCAGUCGUUAUCUCACUUAGGGACAGUCGUUAGCUCUCUGAGAGUUGUUGAGCCCACUUGGGACUUUAUGCUGUAUUUUCACCUGAAUUAGACUGUAAAUGAGUAUAGAAAUUUCAGCAGUUCCAAGGAAGUUCCACAUCCGUUUACAUUCUGAUUCAGUUGACUCUGAAGAUACAGAUGAACCCCCAAGUGGCUUCAAUGGCUCUCCGAAAGAGUUCUCAUGACCAGGUGACUUCAAAGACGAUAAAUCUUUCCAUUCCCCACCAUCAAUUAGAACUGAAGAAGCUUCUUGGAUGAGAAGUGAAAUGUUUUCAAACAAAACCCAAAAAAGUCCAGUUGCAUUUUGAAAAAAAACAAAAAACACACCUCUUUGGGACAGUCAUGAUCUGGAUGAUGGAGAAGGUUUAUAUCUCUGGAGAGAAUAUUCUCUCUAUAAAGAUCCAUCCAUCCUCCAGAGAUGGAAGAGGAAAAGCUCUUGAAAUAAACAUCAUUCCUUUACAGUUGAACCAUUUAUUCCAGUUGCUCUUAAUAUCUCUGUUAGUUCUUCAUUGCUGUAGGAAAUUAUUGAAAUCAGUAGCUGCUUGUUCAGACACCGUAUUUUCCCGACACUCAUACAAGGGUGUUUUUGUCAAUCGGACAGUCUGAUUUUUCUUCUCGGCUCAGUUGCACUUGCUAAUGUGACACUCUGCGAUGUUGCUAUCAAUGUCACUCUAGGAUGUUUAUGGCCUCCAAGAGAAUCACAGAACCUGUGGCAUCAUCCGUAUUGUGACUGACAUCAGCUCCAUAGUGAGAGAAAUCUGUUCUCCUUUGUAACUCUUUGCAACUCUUUGUAACUCUUUAUGAGAUAUGUAACUCAUAUCCCAUAAAUGUACUGCUCAAUAGAACAAGUAGGGUAUUUAAAUAGUCAUUUGCAGAGGGGUAGGAAAGAGAAUGAGGUACCCACUUCGCACAUGGGUUUUUUGGUCAGUUUAAUACUUCUUUAUUUCAUUACAUUAAUAGGGAAUAUAUAAUCCUUCAGAUAUUGCUGAACUAAAAUUCCUGGCAGACUUAGGCAGGAUAGAUAUUGGGCAAAGAAUUGGAAGUUACAGUUCAGGCACAUCUGAAGAGCCAUGGAUUCUCCAUUCCCGUGUUAUUGUUUCAGACACUCAAGACACCAAGAACCAAGCAUCUGGUUCUGUGUAGCCAGGUGGUAGCUCACACCUUGAGUUGGACACAGAAGCAAACUGGCAUUCAAUGCAGCUCACAAAGUAAAGGUGUUACAUGCACAAACUCACAUUCUACAGCAGCUGCAGCUUCCAAAUCCUCUUCAAAGGUAGGCCCAUGAAGAAUUAAAACUCGGUAUUUGGAUACAUUUAAUCAAAAGCAUCGUUAGUAUUGAAUUUCUACAAGCACAGUGCAUCAAAUAACUUUUGUGUUUGGAAAAAAGUCUAAUAUGAAAAAUACAUGGGCUUGGAAGAAGAUUAUACCAAGCCUGAGCAAUGUUAUUCUAACAGAGAUCCAAAUCAGCCCAGAUUCUCCUUCACAGCUAUUAUCUCUUCAGCUGAUGAAACUUUCCAGUUUCUAUUUUUUCUCAGUAAAAGAGCUUCCCCAACCUAGUGCCCUUCAGUUGUUUUGGGACAAUUUUUACAAUUUUCAGUAUAGCACCAGACUAGUAGAUCUGGGGGGAAAAACAUUAUGAUGAAAUUGUUUUAUGUAAUGCGCGAAGGCUCCUUAAUUUGUAAUAUGAAUUAAGGUGAGAAGAAGUAAUAGGAGAAGAGGGCUAGAUCGUUACUUCUGUUUGAAUGUCUGCAGAAAUUGAGCAACAAUAGGAAAUAUAAACCAAUUCCAGCUACAUUGUUUUGUAACAUUUGUGGAAAAUCGAAUGUUUCAUAGGCACUAGAAUCUGAUUCUAUUUCUUGCUGCUUUACUUUCUGUCUUUCGUUUUCUAAAAAGAGAACUGCAA